UCUUUACAGAUGCAACCUUGAGAUCUCAGCCGUCCAUGUUAUCACCGGCCGAAAGACUCCAAAGAAUCAGAAAGAGGCCACAUAGAAGCAAGGAAGACGUUGCAUGAAGUAAUGCAGCAUUCAAGUAAUGAAAAUCAAAAAGUGCAGGAGUGGUGGGGAGAGUGAAAGGAGGGUCCGCCAGCAGAAUGCGGAUCGCCGGCACCAAAGCACGGAGUGGCUGCUAAGCAUCAUAGAGAGCCAAGCGGACUCGAUACAGAAGAGGCCAACAACUCAACACACACAUGGUGAGCAGCCUUAUAGUAUCAAAGCAGCGUGAGGAAGAGCUGGGGAUGGGAAAAGAACAAAAAAUGUGGGAUGUCCAGCACUGACAGGCCCUUGGGAGAAGGGGACCUGCGGCAGCUGCUGAAGCUAUACCGCACGGAGAUCUCCAUGGCUGUGGACGACGUUUUCCCAUUGCUUCAUGGACUUGCUGAUCAUGAUGUUGUCACAGAGGAGAUGUUCAAGGAAACGCUGAGUUUGAAGGAGCAGGAGGGCUCUCACAAGGCCUUCCAUGCCAUGCUGACCUGGCUACUGAACCGGGAUUCAUCCUCCAUCCAGGACUUCUGGAGGGUCCUCUUCAAGGAUUACAACCUGGAGAGAUACUCCAAGCUCCAGCCUAUUCAGAGUAGCUUUCCCAAAGAUGUGGAUCUCAGCAGACAGCGCCGGGGGAAGAAACCACUCCCCAGCCCCAAGACGUUGGUGCAGCACAAACAGCAGCCGAAAAGGAAAGCACCAGAGGAAAGGGACUCUCCCCAGCCAGCUCAGCCCUUGCUGAAAUGCAACUCAAAUCCUGGGACCCUGCCAAAGGCAAAAGCUGUAAAGAAACCAGAAGGUGUGGAGAUCCAACGUUUCCCUCUGGGAAAUGGCAUUCAGAGUAUGGCUGCCUCAGUCCAGAGGGCUGUUACUGUGUCAUCCAGUGAACUACCAGUGAGCUGCGGGGCUGUAGAAGGAAUUCUCAUCAAACAGGUGUUCGAGUCAGGGGGCUCCAAGAAAUGUGUCAAAGUUGGAGGCGAGUUUUAUGCACCAAGCAAGUUUGAGGAACCUGGGGGAAAGAACAAAAGCCGAAGCCUGAAGCCCAGUGUACGAGUCAAGGGAUUUCAAGGGCCCCAAUAUGUAUGCUUUCAGCAAAAUGGGGAGCUGAAAAUAAACUCACAGAGCAGCCUCCAUGUCACCCCUGUUCACACCGUGGAUCAACCCCUCCACCAGACAGACCAAAUCCAGUUUGUCCUGCAGUAUACUGGAUUGCACUGCGCUAGUGUAACAGAUCACCAUAGUUGGAGUGAGAGAGAAGUUGGCUUUGAGUUUCUGUACUUUUGCUUUCUGUUACAUCGUGCGCUAUUUGCCUCCCUGGGUCAGAAGAACGAUGAUGAAUGUGCAGUGUGCAGGGAUGGUGGGGAGCUGAUCUGCUGUGACGGCUGCCCCAAAGCUUUCCAUCUGGCCUGCCUUGUGCCCCCACUGACAGAAAUUCCAAGCGGGACAUGGAGGUGCAUCUCUUGCUCAGCUGGGAAAGUGAAGCAGGACCAGCACAUAGAAGAGAAGAGGGCCAGAGAGCCACCAUCCGAGACACAGGGUCUGUAUGGACAGAGGGCAGCUGGAGACAGAGAGAGGAUUCUUAUCAAAGAACCCACGCCAGGCUCCGAUGCCUCAUUCACCUUCAAACAACCUCUGCCCCCUGCGCCUUCCCACUCACCAAUGCCAGUGGUAAUGCCAGCCUCAACCCUCCAGCUGCUGUCAAGUCUGGGCCUGGAGAGACAGCUAGUUUGUUGCUCUGCUUUUCAUAAACUGACAGUUGGUGAGAGAUGUGGAGUCUGCAGGGGAGGAGGAGACAUGACCUACUGUGCCCAGUGCUUCAAGGCCUUCCACGCCCAUUGCCACUUCCCUGCCCAAGCAGAGCGGCUCAGUGAAACCUGGCUAUGCAAGUCCUGCUCUGGCAGCUCUGGAACCAGUGGCCUGGAGGGAACAGUGACCUCAAAUAACCCUGCACUAAGAGCAGUAAAGGCAGUGGAAGAAUCUGCUGGGAAUGACCCGAUCCUGAAUAAAGAGGAGUUGGACUCUCUCCUGGGUGAGAGCUCCUUUGAUGGGAUCCUGCAGUGGGCAUUCCAGAACAUGUCUCGUCCACUCUCAGAUACUCACGGAUUUUUCUCUUAGCUCCUGCUGUAAUUGUGGACAUGUCAUACCAACUUGUUGCCCUCCAUCAGGGCCUCCCAGAGGGGAGGGCAAGUGGGGCAAUUUGCCCCAGGCCCCGGGCCCUGCAGGGGCCCCGUGAGUCCUGGCCGAGAAUCCC